CCAGUAUUUAAUAGGCACGAAACCUCUAGGCGAGGCGUUUUGCCAUUGCCUUGCGCCUAGACGUGCCUAAGCGUAAGGUUAAGUGUGCCUUUUUGAACCAUGUUCUGAUGACUGAUACCAUGUCAUGAACCAGCCAAUCCCAAUAACUCGAGUUAUUAGGAGAAUGCUAUACUGCAUCUUAUACCACCCUCUAACGAUCAAAACAUAUAACAAAGCUCAUGAACCAAAACAAACAAAACAAUAAUAUUGAGUACUCAUCUUUUUGCUUUCUCCUCUAUAAUUACUCCCCCUUCCCACUCCAAACCACCCUCCCAGAAAAAUUUCUGAACAACCAAACACCAAAUUAGCUCUGAACCAGAAAGCACUCCCAGAAACCAAAGCGAAACCACAAUGCAUUACUACAGACGAACAGGGGACUCGAUCUUCGAUUCCUUCACCCUAAACCCGCUCCCUUACCCAGUCCUCCUCCUCCUCCUCGCCGUAAUCGCCAUUUUCCUCGGCGCCUCCUGGUACUUCACCUACGAGGAGCUCGUGGAGUCCACGGAGUCGUCAAAGGGCCUGGGCCUCUUCGUCCUGCCGGUCCUCCUCAUCUUCCUCGCCCGCUGGCUGUCCUCCGUGAAGUCCCCCGAAGCGUUCUUCUUCGGGAUGUCGCAGCCGUGUGAUCGCCGCCGGCGAACCCACCAGAUGCCGGCGAAAGGGAGCUCGCCCUGGGGAGUCGCCGCGCUCAUCGUGCUGCUGCUCGUGUUGUUGCAGUACCAGUCUGCUUUCCUUGAUAGCUGGUUCUUCUAAUUAGAAUUUUUGAUUUCUUGAUUUGCUUGAUUGCAAUGUUGAUUAAGUUAGGAAGCUCGGGAAUGUGAACCUUGUAUGUAUAUGGGAUUGUCUGGGAUUUGUCCAGUCGAAAGCCAGUUUCUAUGCAAAAAUAUUUUGAUGAUCUAAAAUCAUAAGUUUUAUAUUUUAAAACGAGUUUUUAACUACAUAAGUUAUAAAAACUGAAAUUUUGUGUAUAAUCGUUUUAGUGGUCUAGAAGUGUAAAUCGUAAGUUUUUAAACUUUAAAGCGCGAUUUUAGUGCAUUGGUCUAACAGAUGUAUGCUUUCUUCGUUGUAAAUUUGUGAUGGAAUUUAUCGAAGUAAAAGUUCGGCAGUAAC